AUGAAGUUCGCCACCACCUUUGCAGUUGCUGCCGCUGUCGCCGCCUCUUCCGCUGAUGCCUCGAGACUUUCGACGGGUGUUUGCUACGCGCCGUGGCACCACCCCGCCGUCAACUGGGACGUGCUCGCCAAGGACAUGAAGCAGGUGGCCGAGCACUUCUCCAGCAUCCGCACGUACGAGGCGCAGAUGAGCGGCGUCAAUGCCAUUGACAUGGCGGCGGCCGCCGGUCUCCGCGUUGCUGUCGGUGUGCAGCUCUGCGAUCCCAACCGUAUCGACGCCGAGAUCAAGGCGGUCUGCGAUGGCUACGCGCGGAACCCGUGGGCCGUCGAGGCUGUCUACGUCGGUAACGAAGACCUACAGAACAAUGGAUUCGGUAAGUACUCGGCCGACCAGCUCAUCGGCUUCAUCAACCGCGUGCGUAGCUGCGUGGGCAAGACGCCCAUCGGAUCGGUGCAGCGCAUCAACGAGUGGCUGAGCGCCAAUGAUGCGUGGAAGCUGGCCAACGCCGUGGACAACAUCGGCGUCAACAUCUACCCAUUCUUCACGCCGGGCUCGCAGCCGUCGGUGCAGAAGCUGGAUGCACAAUGGAACCAAAUGGUGUCCAAGUUUGGCUCGAACAAGCUUCACCUGACCGAGACGGGCUGGCCGACCGCCGGUGAGAGCUACGCCGGCAACGUUCCGUCGGUGGGUGCCUUGACGCAGUACUUUUACGACUACGUCUACGGCUGGUCGGUCGGCAAGGGCCAGUCGUACUGGUUCAUGAUGUACGACACGACCGUGAGCUACACGGGAGCCGAGCACGAGAAGCACUUCGGCCUCUUCAACACGGACAUGUCGCCGAAAAUCAACAUGCCGCAGAACCCGAGCCAGCAGCAGCAGCAGCGUCUCCGCCGCGACUAA